UGAAUCUUCGAAAGAGUCGAUAUAGAAUGUCUGAAACCGGAGGAACUUCACCACACCAUUUGUUAGAAGUUAGGAGAUACAUCCCAAGUUUAACAAUCGAGACUUACUUUAGUAUGGAGGACGGACUACGGAGGACUCUGGAGGAGCACUAGCGCUAGGGAAUUGACAUGGCAUGACGGCUGAGUCCGGGGUAAACUUUGAGGGCAUUCGAGAAUGAUCCCAGAACCGGAAAGAAGAGAGGACUGUGAUUGGGUUCGGAUGAAGUUUGAAGAAGAUGGAAUAUAGAAUUGAAGCUGAAGUUCAGUGGGUGAAACAAGAUGCAGUAGAAGAAGAAGAAGAAGAAGAAGAAGAAGAAGAAGAAGAAGAAGAAAUUCCUGGUGGAAGACAAAGACCCGAUCAGGCCAACUCCAGCGCCCGUCCUACCAACCGCGUCGUCUGUGUGAAGAAACAUACUGGCUGGAUCAUGCCCCCAGUUAAUUCGCCCUCUGCUAAUAACAUCGGUUUCCUAUCACUUCGCCUUCGCUUGCAGGACCCCCCCUCUCGGUCGCCCUUGGCUGCUUCUUCCUCUCUCCAACCCUCGGCCGCUGCCUCCAUUCCCGUCUCCUCUCUCCCCGCCGCCGUGUCCGAUGAUGCCCACGAUGAUAACGUGAGUUUUCUCCGGUCUCGUGUGCGCUCCCCCCCGGACACCUCGUCCUCGUCCUCCGCUUUGCUCAGUCGCCAGCGUCGCCGCCGACAGCAGGUUCUCUCCGAAUUCGAUAUUGAUCCCAUGGAUUUGGAUGAUGCCAACCUGCGCAUGUCGGUUGAAAUCAACCGUCGCAUUCCGAUUCUGCGCCGGCAACGCGACAGUCCCAGCAGCGAUACUCCCAAUACCACCAGCCACCCCAACGCCAACACCAGCAAUAAUAUUCCCAACUACGAAAGUCGAGUUUCAAACCCCCGCUUACUCUACGGGUGGGCUCCUGCGUCUGAUGACGACGAUGACGAUGAUAUACCCUAUCCACCGAUGCAGAGCAAUGCCCUUUCAUCAUGGCUAGGUCGACUUUCCGACCGUAGCGCCUCCAGGCGUUCUACACGCCGCGAUGCUAUCAGUAGAGUCCCUCAGGCGCCGUCUGAAGACGCGACGGAAAGUAAUAACAGCAACCACCGAGUAAAUGACACUUCGUUGUCGACGACAGAGGCUCUACUUCAGUCAGUGCGACGCCAACCCCGAUUUUCCCGGACAAGAACACUGCACAAUUAUCUUUUGGAUCGCGAAAGGGCCAACCCGGAUUCUGAGGAGAGUCGAGACGGCACAAGCGCAGCAUCCACAUCACGAGCCUAUCGAUACAUCCCCAGCAGUCGUGGUGAACCACAUCGGGUCCUGACCCAUAACGACCUGCGCGCCCGAAUCAGCGCUCACCGGCAAUUGCACUUGGAGAAUACUCCCAGCCCUCGUCUCAAAGAGACAAUUCGUUAUCUAGACAGGUUGCGCUAUUCGAAUUCGUUUGAGGAGAGUUUGACGUCCGCAGCUGCGGGAGGUUUCGUACAACUAGAUCUUCUCGCCUGGGACGAGGACGACUUCAUCCUCGACACGUCUUCGAUAUCCCCUCCCCCAGAGUGUUCCUGGCUUCGGCCAGGGUUGACGUUUUCUGGCUCCCAACGAGCUGCCAGCACUACGAAUACCAUUUUCCCAUCACAAAUGACAGGUCUGCCUCCUGGUAACGACCCGAUGAUUGUUGAUGGCAGUGAACAAAAUCGCAUCAGUGUGCAAACGACGAACGGAAGACGGUAUCUCGCCCAUCAAAUGUACAGCAUGGGAGGCAAGGACGAAAACUGGCCUGUCAAGGUUACAAUCCACGACAUAAACACCCAGGACAUGACAUUAUCCGGCACAAUGGAAGCAUAUAAUAUUCCUGAUAAAACCUCAUCGAUGCACGAUGCGCACAUUGUAACCUUUCUCGAGGGCGAAAUUAUCGAUUUUAAUACGCAUACCCUUGAGACCAAGAACUUCAAAGCAAACGCAGAAAUCGACAGCACAUACUGGCGGGAACUCCAACCAUUCAAAAACCUAACUGACGAGGAAAUGACUCGAAAUCUUGUCAGCCGGAAAUGGGUCACAGAGGAUCUGUGCAAGGGUUGGAUUCUGAUGCGGUGGAAAGAACGCUGCUUUAUCACCCCUACGGAUGCACGGCAAGGUCUCACAAUCUCCGGAUUCUACUAUAUCUCUCUACAUCGCGAAAGUGGUCAGAUCGAAGGGCUCUACUACGACCCUGGCAGCUCACCAUAUCAACAAUUAUCAUUGAAGCCGGAAACAAAAAGAAUGAUUCGUCCAUCCUACAGUUUCCGGUAGUCGCUCUCUGAUGGCAGAUUGCGUUCGAGUUCGCUUGGCGUUGGUUCGGCUCGGUACAUAGCAUGGCUGGUGUUUCCCUUGUCCUCGGGGAUAGGCCAUAUGAGAGAGAUACUUAGCUUCUAGACAUACAUAUCCACGUACUUUUUCUACACAUUAGUUCGAAAGAAUAGCUCUACGAAGAAGAAGACGAAGAAAAAAUGAAUGCAGCUGAAGC